AUGAAACACUCCCACCUCCUCCAGCGCUGCUCCGCGCAACUUUGCACCCGUGGAUCCUCUCUGAUUCUGUCGCUGCUGCUGAGCGUCUGUCUGUCGGUGGAAGGGCAGUAUAACGGCGAGAAAGGCAUCUCCAUCCCGGACCACGGAUACUGUCAGCCCAUCUCCAUCCCUCUGUGCACCGAUAUCGCCUACAACCAGACGAUCAUGCCCAACCUGCUGGGACACACCAACCAGGAGGACGCGGGGCUGGAGGUGCAUCAGUUCUACCCGCUGGUCAAAGUGCAAUGCUCGCCCGAGCUCAAGUUCUUCCUCUGCUCAAUUUACGCGCCGGUUUGCACCGUGUUGGAGCAGGCGCUGCCCCCAUGCAGGUCGCUGUGUGACCGAGCCCGACAGGGUUGCGAGGCGCUAAUGAACAAGUUCGGCUUCCAGUGGCCCGAGAGCCUCCGCUGCGAGAAGUUUCCCAUCAACGGGGCCGGGGAGUUGUGCGUGGGGCAGAACACUACUGAGAGCGGGACACCCACCCCCGCGGUGCCCGAGACCUGGACCAGCAACAGCAGGACUUACUACCGCGACAAAUUCAUGUGCCCCAGGGCGCUAAAAGUGCCUGCCUACGUUAACUACCACUUCUUGGGGGAGAAGGACUGCGGGGCCCCUUGUGAAGUGGGAAAGGUGCACGGGCUGAUGUAUUUUGCCCCCGAGGAGCUGAACUUUGCCCGUAUCUGGAUUGGGAUCUGGUCGGUGCUCUGUUGUGCCUCUACUCUUUUCACCGUGCUCACCUACCUGGUAGACAUGAAGCGCUUCAGCUACCCAGAGAGACCCAUCAUCUUCCUCUCGGGCUGCUACACCAUGGUGGCCAUAGCCUACAUCGCUGGCUUUCUGUUGGAGGACAAAGUGGUGUGCAACGAGAGGUUUGCAGAAGAUGGCUACAAAACUGUAGCCCAGGGCACCAAGAAGGAGGGCUGCACCUUUCUCUUCAUGAUGCUUUACUUCUUCAGCAUGGCCAGCUCCAUCUGGUGGGUUAUCCUUUCCUUGACUUGGUUUUUGGCAGCUGGCAUGAAGUGGGGGCAUGAAGCCAUUGAAGCCAAUUCCCAAUAUUUUCACCUGGCAGCCUGGGCAGUGCCGGCCAUCAAGACCAUUACCAUCUUGGCCGUGGGGCAGGUGGAUGGAGAUACCCUCAGUGGAGUUUGCUUUGUCGGGAUCAAUAACGUGGACGCCCUCCGCGGAUUCGUCCUGGCUCCUCUGUUCGUCUACCUGUUCAUUGGCACGUCCUUCCUCUUGGCCGGCUUCGUGUCCCUCUUUCGGAUUAGAACCAUCAUGAAACACGACGGCACCAAAACGGAAAAGUUGGAGAAGCUGAUGGUGAGGAUAGGGAUCUUUAGCGUCCUCUACACCGUCCCGGCCACUAUUGUCAUCGCCUGUUAUUUCUAUGAGCAAGCGUUUAGGGAACAGUGGGAAAAAAGUUGGAUUAGCCAAAGCUGUAAAACCUAUGCCAUUCCCUGUCCCAGCACCGGCCACCCGCCCAUGAGUCCAGACUUCACUGUCUUCAUGAUCAAGUACCUCAUGACCUUGAUAGUGGGAAUAACAUCCGGCUUUUGGAUCUGGUCGGGGAAAACUCUUAACUCUUGGAGAAAGUUCUACACGAGGCUCACCAACAGUAAACAAGGGGAAACGACUGUGUGA